AUGGCUGCAGCCGCCACCGAGCCUGCUGGUGCGAAUGGCCGUGUCAAUGGCAACUGUACCCCAGGAUUCGCAGAAACGGGAAGCGAGCCGAAUGCCAAGAGGGCAAGAUUCGCGAAGUCCGAAGGUUCCGCCAACGCGUCCGAGCCCAGCGAGCCUCCGACAAAGCGGGCCGUGCUGCCGCUGCUGCGCAGGCUGAUCUCGGACCUCAACCGACGCAUCCUGCAAUCGCCUCAAGAGCUUCUCAGCUUCGAGGAGCUCGAGGACUUUGCAGAGGCCACAACGCCAUCGGAAGAUGAGCCGGCCAAGAUUGCACAGCUGCGGAAACAGCUCACCACGGCGCUGCACCAGUACUUCAGGAGUCGCUGGCCCACGGCGAAGUCGGACUGGACCGCGGAGGAGAUGGCUCGGGGUCUCGACCGGCCCACGGGGAACCGCAGCCUCGGAGCUUUUGCAGUGGACCUGAGCGCUGUGGGCGUGCCUUACAUCAACGCUGCCAAAGUGCCGGGAGUGGCUGCAGAUGCCAUCUCAUACCUUGUGACGCAGCAUCCGCUGCCUGCAACGGUGGGGCAUUUCUGGCGCAUGGUGCUGCACCUGCGGCCAACGGUUAUCGUCAUGCUGAACGGCCAUGUCACUUCGGACGCAGCUCAGGAUGGAUUUGCCUUGGCGCCCUACUGGGAGCCAACGGCCGUAGAAGGAUUUUCCUUGGCUGUGGAGGAGGUGCGCUACGACUCCGCCUCGGAAUGCUCCGUGCGGAUGCUGAGGUGCAAGCACGGCGACGAUGUCUGGUCGGGACCGCAGAUUGUGGUUCCCUGGUGGCGGGAUCAAAGCGAGCCGCCGCUCGGGUCCUUCCUUCAGCUUGAUCGGCUGGUGGACAGCUUUCUCACUUCCGGGACAAGUCAAUGUGUGUUGGUUCAUUGUGCCGGAGGUAUUGGCCGGGCAGGCGUCUUCGUGGCCGCAGAUGCUGGUGGCCGUGCGGCAAUACGUGGCGAGGCCCGCUGUUGCAGCCCAGACAGGCUCAUGGGACACUUGCGUCAGUGCCGGAUGAACAUGGUGCAAACUGCUGAGCAGUACGAGUUCCUCCAUCGCGCGCUCCCUUUGCUGACGAAGCAGAUGCGAGCCGCUAAGUAA